CUCUAGCCUGACUCUCUUACCUGAUCCAGAAAUAGCAGACAUGAAAAGGGAUCAGACCCUUUUUGUAGCUUGAAAAAGGGUUUUUGAAUUAUUCAAUCAUGCCAGUCCUUCUCAAAACCCUAUUGCCCCGCUACCUAGCUCACUAGCUCCUGCAUAUUACUUGCAGGGUUCACAGAGCUGCUUAUCGUCUCAGAAAAGAAGCCUGAAGAAACUGUUAGCAUGAGUCCCUUUUGCUCAAUAUUGACUUCAAUCCCAGCUUUUGGUACGUUCUUGGGAUUAUGGCAUUAUUUUCACUCUCAUCAUCCUUGAACGGUCCCUAUUCUGCUUCCCCCCAAAAAGGCUGAAGUGUCUAUUUUCUUCGAUUCAUUUGCAGAACCACCACCUGCUAUGGGAAAAUUUUACAGCUCUAUAUGGAUCUCUUCCCAAUGCCUGGCUAGCUAAGGUAAUAUCCACCACAAGUCUCUCUCGUCUCUCUCCUUGCCUCAGAUUUUCUGACUAGUUAAAGCUUCCAUAUCUCUCACUCCCAAAUGAUGCAAUUUACUGAAACACCACCGCAACCCUUGCACCAAAUUGUGACCACACCACCGUUGUUCUCCCCUAACCUCCCUAUCAUGAACAAAAACCAGACACACCGGACGCGUCCCUGGCCUGGUUUCCCCACGUCGUCAAAGCUUACUAACUUCGGCGACGCCAAUUGCAUGGAGCAGCUACUAGUCCACUGUGCCAACGCCAUCGAGACCAACGACGCCACCUUGGCGCAGCAGAUCUUGUGGGUUCUCAACAACAUUGCUCCCCCCGACGGGGACUCGAACCAGCGCCUCACCUGCGCUUUUCUUCGAGCCCUCAUAGCUCGUGCGGCCAGGAGCGGCAGUCUUAAGCUCCUCGCCGCAAUGAACGCCGCACAGGCCAACCUCGCAAUACACACUCAUAAAUUCUCCGUCAUCGAGCUUGCUGGGUUUAUUGACCUCACUCCUUGGCAUCGGUUUGGCUUCACCGCCGCAAAUGCUGCCAUUCUCGAGGCCGUGGAAGGCUUCUCCGUCAUCCACAUCGUUGACUUGAGUCUGACACACUGUAUGCAAAUCCCAACUCUGGUCGAUGCCAUUGCAUCUCGUCAGGACGGGUUAAUUACUCCUCCGCUGCUGAAGCUCACCGUAGCCGGGACAACGGAAGAUGUGCCGCCGAUGCUGGAUCUUUCGUAUGAGGAGCUCGGGUCGAAGUUGGUUAAUUUUGCUAGAUCCCGGAACAUAAUUUUAGAAUUUACAGUCAUCCCUUCGAGUUAUACUGAUGGAUUUGCAAACUUAAUAGAACAGCUUCGUGUCCAGAACUUGGUGUAUCCGGAGAGCGGCCACGAGGCUCUUGUCAUAAACUGUCACAUGAUGCUCCAUUACAUUCCAGAGGAGACAUUUCAGAAUUUUGAGCCUUGUUCGUCAUCCUCAACUUCCAUUACUGCUUCCUCUACUUCACUGAGGUCGAUGUUUCUGAAAGCAAUUCGGGGUUUGGACCCAACUGUUGUCGUUUUGGUGGACGAGGACGCCGACUUGACCUCUAACGACUUGGUGGGGAGGCUAAGGUCGGCUUUCAACUAUCUGUGGAUACCUUAUGAUACUGUUGACACGUUUCUGCCGAGGGGGAGCAAGCAGAGGCAGUGGUAUGAAGCUGAUGUGUGCUGGAAAAUUGAGAAUAUGAUUGCUUACGAGGGGUUUCAGAGGGUGGAAAGGCUUGAACCAAAAUGCCGGUGGGUGCAGCGAAUGAGAAGCGCCGGAUUUCGAAGUGUUUCGUUCGGGGAGGAGGCGGUGAAUGAGGUGAAAGCAAUGCUGGAUGAGCACGCAGCUGGGUGGGGGUUGAAGAAGGAAGAAGAAGAUCUUGUGCUUACUUGGAAGGGACACAAUGUUGUUUUUGCCACAACUUGGAUUCCUGCUUGAAUUGAGUUAAUAGUCUGAUGAAGAAGAUGAUGAUCUGAUAUGCAACUGAAUUAAUAUAGAAUUGAUCUUACUUUUGUUGUUAAUUAUUAGCUCUGCUGAUUUGGUUAGUCUAUCUUUUCUAGUUAGCUAAUU